AUGGCGGCCGUCCUGUCGCACGCUCCGCUCGCUCAGACCUGCGCUGCGGCUUCUGGGAUCCUCCGGGUUCAGGAAGAGUUUAAAAGAGGACGGAGCCGCAGGGACCGCGCCGCUCCGGCUCUGAAGUGUCCGAUGGAGACGCACCGAGUCCCGCAGGAGCAGAGGGAGCGCGGCCGCGGAGAGGACGCGGACGCGGACGCGGGGAUGAAGAAGAGGCGGGCUGCGGGCGGCGUGCAGCCCGGGACAGAGGCGCAGGGGAGCGGGCGGAGCGGGCGGAGCGGCGCGGAGGAGACGCUGAUGCUGGAGCUGCGGAGGCUGGUGCAGGAGCAGGUGAAGGGCAGCAGCUGGUGGGAGCUCCGCGGGAAAGACUGCACCAUCCUCGGCCUGGCCUUUGUGGCGCUGGUCCCCGGGUUCCUGCUCCUGCGCUCUUCGUCGCUCCUCGUCUUCGCCCCGGCGCUGCUGGUCCUGGGAGUCUGUCACGCCGUCAUCACGGUGAAAGGAGCUCAUCUGUCCAGCCACUCGUCCCUGAGCCGCUCGCCCCUCCUCAACCGCAUCUGGGCCGUGUUCUUCAUCGAGGUGAGGAGUGUGCGGUGCGGUGCGUUCAGUGCGGACGCCGGGGUCCAGGCCCACGUGAAGCUGCAUCACGCCCACACAAACGUGCUCGGUCUGGGAGACUCGUCCACCUGGAAAGUCCCGAGUCUGAGCCGAGGCCUGUACCUGUUCAUCGCUCCGCUCGCCGUCCCCGUCAUCACCCCGCUGGUCGCUCUCGCCCAGUUGAAGCACCAGUCCGUGCUCUCGUCUCUCCGGACCCUCCUGAUGGUUUCUCUGGGGCUCUGGUCUCACUUCUGGAUCCUGGUCCGGGUCUGUGGGUUCUGCUCGGUUCCGUCUGCGCUCGGCUGCAUGUUCUUCACCAGGAACCUGUUCUCUCUGCCGUACAUCCACGUCAACAUCUUCCAGCACAUCGGUCUGUCCAUGUUCUCCCCGGACCAGAGACCAAAGAGGAUUUUCCAGAUGAGUCACGGUGUCCUGAACCUGCCCAGAAACCUGCUCCUGGACUGGACCUUCGGACACUCCCUGAUCAGCUGCCACGUGGAGCAUCACCUGUUCCCCACGCUGUCCGACAACAUGUGUCUGAAGGUGAAGCCGGUCGUCAGUCAGUUCUUGAAGUCCAAGUCGUUGCCGUACCAACAGGACUCGUACUUGUCCCGCCUCCGACUGUUUUUCCACCAAUACCACGAGCUCAUGGUGCUGGCCCCGCCCAUCACCGAGCUCGUGGGCAUCCAAUGAGAACGCGGGGUUUGAUCAGCCGUCCAA